UCUUAAAAAUGGAAAAGUCUGAAACAGAGGUGAAUGGCACAAAAAUUGAAGUGGAAAGGGACAGUUAUUAUUUGCGGAUUUUUCAAUCCACGUUAAACUUAAUAGCUCACUUAUUAAUCGGUGCUGUGGUUGGAAUUUGCAUCAUAUUCGCAUUUCGGAAUGGAGUACCGAUGAAUACGACGAAAAAACAUGUCAUUUUGUGUGUUCUUGGUUAUCAGUUAUUAAUGGCCGAGGCAAUACUCGCGCUGUGUCCUCAUAAUGGCUGGACAGCUGGGCUAAGGUUGUUGGACAAGAGAAGAGCUCACACGGUUCUGCUAAUCAUGGGCUCAGUGCUAGCUAUUGUGGGUUCAUUACUCAUGAGUGCUCAUAAGACUGUAAAUUUUAACACAGUGCAUGGUAAAUAUGGACUGGUGGCCUUGGUAUUCACCACAGUGAGCCUUGUGAAUGGUCUAACAUCACUGUAUGGAUACGAAUUGCGUAAAUACAUACCGGAAAACUUUUCCAAAAUUCCCCACAUCAUUUUCGGCGUGAUAGCGUUUGUUUCGUCUCUAAUAUGUCUAUGUUACGGUUUGGAUUAUGACUCUUUCAAGGAAUGGUCUAGCCGAGUGGGGGCGCCAUAUGGAUGCGCUUAUACUGUCAUGGGACUGGCCGCUGCAUAUACUUUCAUUAUAAUAAUAAACCCAGUGAUCACCGCAUUCAAUAAAUCCAAGCGUAUGUACACAAUUAUGAAGCUGUAAUUGUUCCUAUUUUGAAUCUCAAAGUUCGUUUAAUUUACAGGGUUAUAUCGAAUUAUUGUACCAGUUAUUGAUUAAUUAAUAUCUCUAAAUGA